CGGAAGUAGAAUUUCCAUAGCAACUAGCGUCGGCCCGGGGGUAUUUAAAUCGUUUAGGUCAGCGGCUCAGUGUUGUUUAUUUUCCCGUCAACAUGGAUCAUAUUGGUUAUGCACGAUCUACUUAUGCUCAACCUGUGAAGGAUGGAGCCAGCUGGUCAGGGCCUCAACAGAAAAAUGCUUAUGCCAGACUGGUGCAACAACAUCACAGCAGUCGGUUUAAAUUCUAUCUGGACUAUGUAGCGCAGAAGCUUCACCUUGAUGAUGCUGAUCCUGAAGAUAUUACUUUGGACUCUGCAUGUAUGGAUGAUCUGAAAGCAGGUCAAGGAAAUAAUGCAGCCAAUAAUCGUUCUACCCCCAAAAAAAUCUGUGAAAAUCCUGGUGUCUCAAAAGUUGACAGGAUGUGUGAGCAUGGCGGCACCAUUGAGAAAGCUGACUCACAGCCUGGGAAAUAUCAACCUGGAGGAGAAUGUUCCACAAUUCAAGGGGGAGAAUUAGAAGAAAAAGCAGUGUCUACUCCUGGAAGCAGAAAAACCUCCCAUAAUGUCAUCCAACCACCUCUGUCAAAAGCAUGCAGUGAGUUGGAAGAACCACAGCUUGUAAAGCCAAAGCAGAAGUCUCAAGCUGGCAUCAAAAGCUCACAAAGAGAACAAAAAGCUGAAGGCGGUGACAAGAGGGGAUUUGCCAGGAUCAGGAACCAGUCUGAGAGUGCCAGCACGCCGCCAAGCCACGAUCGGAAGAGACAGCUUUCAGAGUCCCAUAGCGAAGCAAUGCAUAGUGCAGAAUUUAUGAGCCCUGGGCAGGCUUGGUCCUCCAGAGGAACAAAUAGAAGUUCAGCCCCUAACUCUGACAAUAAACGUGGCAAAGGAAGAAAAAGGAAUAUCUUUGAGGCUUAUAUGACAAAGGAUGAAGUAUCUGCAGGACUGAAGAAAGGAGAGUUAAUACAGGGUUCCCUGAGGAUUAAUCCCAAGAAAUUCCACGAAGCGUUCCUUCCAUCACCGGAUGGCCUAAGGGACAUAUUUAUUGAUGGUGUGGUUUCCAGAAACAGAGCUCUAAACGGUGAUGUGGUUGUCGUCAAGUUACUUCCUCAGGAACAAUGGAAGGUUGUAAAGCCAGAUUCUUGUGAUGUUGAGGAAGAUGCUGGACGAGCCGCCAUACCCAAAAAUUCACCAUUGGUUCUUUCGGAGCAACAUGUCCAGGAUGGAGGUGGAAGCCCAGAUCUCAUUAUCGAAGCUCAGUUUGACAGUGACACAGAGGAAGCCAGUUCAUUAGUGAGCCGCAUGAACAAUAUUUCUCUUGGCGACCAUGGCAAGGCUUCUAAAGAACAUCAAACAAGUGCUGUGGAGUCAAAUGCAUUGUCUACGCAAAACACCAGGCAUCUACCAGACACCUGCCUUCAGAAGACUGCAAAGGUUGUUUACGUUUUAGAGAAGAAACACUCAAGGGCAGCCACUGGCUUCAUCAAACCACUAGGAGACAAGAGUAGAGAGGCUGCUAAGAAGUAUGCCUUAUUUUCACCAGUGGACCACAGAGUCCCACGCAUAUAUAUUCCACUGGUGGAUUGUCCAGACGGGUUUGCUGUACGGCCCCAGGAUUAUGCCAACACACUCUUCAUUUGCCGUAUCACUGCCUGGAAGGAGGACAGCAACUUUGCCGAGGGGAAGCUGAUGAAGAGCCUUGGUCAAGCUGGAGAAAUUGAGCCAGAGACAGAGGGAAUAUUAACAGAGUAUGGAGUGGAUUUCACAGACUUCUCAGAAAAAGUCUUGAAGUGUCUGCCACAGAAUUUGCCCUGGUCAAUUCCACAAGAGGAAUUGAAAAAGAGGAAAGAUUUGAGGAAGGAGUGCAUUUUCACAAUUGAUCCCGCCACGGCUAGAGACCUGGACGAUGCCUUGUCAUGCAAGCGGCUCCAAGAUGGGAACUUUGAAGUUGGCGUCCAUAUAGCAGACGUGAGCUAUUUCGUCCAGGAGGGAAGUGCCCUUGAUACGAUGGCUAGUGAGAGAGCCACUAGUGUGUAUCUUGUGCAGAAGGUAAUUCCUAUGCUGCCCAGGCUACUUUGUGAGGAACUCUGCAGUCUUAACCCAAUGACUGACAGGCUAACGUUUUCAGUCAUAUGGAAAAUGACUCCACAAGGCCAGAUCCUGGACGAGUGGUUUGGACGAACUGUCAUCUGCUCCUGUGUGAAGCUGAGUUAUGACCAUGCGCAGAGCAUGAUUGAAAAUCCAGACAAGCUGAUGAACGCUGAUGAGUUGCCCCCAGUGUCUCCCCAGCAUACAAUAGAUGAGAUUCAUCAGGCUGUGCUAGACCUUCAUAAUAUUGCUCAAAACCUACGUAAACAGCGUUUUGAUGAGGGGGCAUUGAGGCUGGAUCAGCUCAAACUGGCUUUUACCUUGGACAAGGAAAGUGGGAUGCCCCAAGGAUGCUACAUAUAUAAUUACAGAGACAGCAACAAGCUGGUUGAAGAGUUCAUGCUUCUUGCAAAUAUGGCAGUGGCACACCAGAUUUACCGUCAAUUUCCUGGAGAAGCUUUGCUACGUCGUCACCCUCCCCCUCAGACAAAGCUGCUGAACGACCUGAUGGAAUUCUGUGACCAGAUGGGACUACAACUAGACUUCACUAAUUCAGGAACUCUGCAUAAAAGUUUGAAUGACCAGUUUGGGAAUGAUGAGUACUCAAAUGCACGCAAGGAAGUGCUGACCAACAUGUGUUCUCGUCCCAUGCAGAUGGCUUUAUACUUCUGCAGUGGCGCCCUAAAAGAUGAGUGUUUAUUCCGUCACUAUGCACUGAAUGUUCCUCUGUACACGCACUUCACUUCCCCUAUUCGCCGAUUCCCUGACCUGAUCGUUCACCGUCUUCUUGCAGCAUCCAUUGGCUGUGGGCCACCUCUGAAAAUGCGUCAGGAUGUCAUUCAGAAGCAGGCAGAACACUGUAACGACCGCAAGACCGCAUCCAAAAGAGUGCAGGAGCUGAGUGCUGAGCUUUUCUUUGCAGUAUACGUGAGGGAAUGUGGCCCAUUGGAGUCAGAAGCCAUGGUCAUGGGAGUCCUGAAUGAAGCUUUUGAUGUACUCAUAUUGAGAUAUGGUGUCCAGAAGAGAAUCUACUGUAAUGCUCUGCCUCUGUUGAGCUCAAACUUUCAACAGAUUGGGAAGAAACCAGAGUUAACGCUGAUAUGGAAGCCUGAAAAAGAUGGGGAACAGCCUGUGCGCCAAGUUAUUGGAAUCUUCACCCUCCUGGAAGUGGUUCUGAAGUCGGAUAAUGUUCCUCUGAAGUAUACAGCACUGCUGAAAAAACCAGAGGCUCCGUGAUUGGCAAAGGGGCGUCUAGCCCUGGAGCUAGGCAUCUCUUCUGUUUUUUGUUUUUUUUUUUUCUUUUAAUUGUCGGGGCAGAAUUUUAAUUCAAGAAUGUUCAAAUUCUUUAACCUUUUUACUGCUGUAUUGCAUCGAAAACGUCUUUCAUAUCUGCUGAUGUUUCAAUAUGAAAGUUGUUAUAGACAUUAUGGAGAAACCUCCAUAUGUGUGGGUGCCAGACCCCCUGCAUGUAUCGCUCAAGCCACCUUAUUCAGCAGUGAAGAGCGUGCUGGGUCUGGUCUUAGCAUUGUCUCAUUGCACAGUAGAUUAGCAAGUGUAUUUUUUUAUUAUUAUUAUUGGCCACUAGAGUUUGUAUUUAAAUUUUCUUGCAAAAGGUGAGACAUGGUUCUCCUACUCAACUGAUAUAUAUUUUACUUUUUUAAAUGGCAGUAUAUUCCUGGUGUACCAUAAUUAUUGCAGCAAAAGAUCACAUUUUAAUUUUUAAAUAUUUUUUAAAAUGGCAUUUUUGUGCUUGUUCGGGAUUUUGAAGAGCCAAAAAAAUGGCCUUGAUUUUAUGGGCCAUGUUUACAUGUGUCCACAAACUUUGUUUUGCGGUACAGUACUGCACAGCAGCCUGUGUAUGUUUUAUCCAGAGUCCAGUUUUUUCUGUAAUGACGUUAAUGAUUUUUUGUGGACAGUUUUGUGGCCCAGGAGUGUAUAACCCAAAAAGACAGAAUGGCAUAAUUUAACCCCUCAUCACAGCUGCUUCCUGUAACAGUUUUUUCUUGAUAACUUAGCGUGUGACCAUUUGUCAUUAAUAACUAUGGUCACCACUGAGUGGCAAUAGAAUAUGAGCGCUGGUUGAUCUGUAUGCCAGGCCAACGUUCCUUCACGCAGCACUAUGAACAUUAGACUAUUAGAGUUUUAAUAUACUCUGCUCUGUAUGGAUCUGAGUGGUGAUAUGUCAUUCUAGGAUAUCAGCAAGGACAGCUUGGUGUAGGACACUCAUUCCUCCAUAAUCAUAUCUGGAGACAACCCCCAAUAAAAUGAUCUGCUCUGUGCA